GCUGCUCGCGCUGGUAUUACUACUAUAGUUGAAUUAAUAUGAGGUUGCAGUGCGCACAAGGCGCGGUCUUUUAAUUUAAUUGUGCAACUCGGCAGGGGAUAAGGAUACAUUUGUUUUCAAAGUGAUUAUUGUUAAGUGAUUUAGAAGGGGAGUUAAAUAAGAUUUGGCCCAAAAACCAUGAAUUACACAUUCCUGGCAUUAUUCGUAACUUUUCUCCUUGGGGUAAUAAGUUACUUAAAAUGGAAACUUCGCUAUUGGGACAAGAAGGGUUUACCUACCAUCCCCCCAAAACUACCAUUUGGCAAUCUGACUGAUGUUAUUUUCGGGCGCAAAUCAUUCGGCGAGCAAUUUGUCGAAUUUUACCAAAUACUUAAAGCCAAAGGGUAUCGUCAUGGUGGUAUUUAUUUCGGAGCAUCACCCCUUUACGUACCCACAGACCCCGAAAUAGUCAAACAUAUUAUGUUGGUCGAUUUUGCGCAUUUUUCAAGUCAUGGUGGUUAUGUUGAUGAGGAGAGUGACCCUCUCAGUGGGCAUUUAUUCAACCUGGAUGAUAUAAAAUGGAGAAAUUUGAGGGUUAAACUAACCCCGACUUUCACCUCCGGGAAGAUGAAAAUGAUGUUUCAAACUUUGGCAGAAGUUAGCUACAAUUUAAAGAACGUAUUGGAUGAAUCAGUGAUUAAUAAAACCCCAGUGGAUGCUAGAGACGUGUUAAGUCGAUUUGGGGUUGAUGUUAUCAGUUCCGUAGCGUUUGGACUCGAAUGUGAUAGUCUAAAAGACCCAAAUGUGUCUUUUAGAAAGUAUGGGAAAAAAGCAGUUGAUUUCGAUAUUUGGGUCAGAAUAAAACUUUUCAUGCAAGUGUUAUUGCCCCACUGUGUGUUACGAGCAAUUGGUCACAAAUUCACAAAAACAGAAGUCGAAGAAUUUUUCAUGAAGAGUAUCCGCGACGUGGUUGAAUAUCGAGAAAAAAACAACAUUUUUCGAAAAGACUUUAUGCACUUACUUAUCCAGUUGAAAAAUCUGGGGACUGUGACCGAUGAUGGUCAGAUACUGGACGAAACUAGUGGAAGUAAAGAAGUUGGUUUGACAAUGAAUCAAGUGGCGGCACAAGCUUUUGUGUUUUUUAUGGCUGGGUAUGAAACAUCGUCAAGUACAAUUACAUUUGCUUUGUACGAAUUAGCUAUGAAUCCUCCACUUCAAGACAAACUGAGAGACGAAAUUAACACAAUUUUGGCUAAGCACGACAACAAACUAACUUACGCCGCUAUGAUGGAAAUGACGUACAUGGAGAAAGUCAUACAAGAAACUCUGCGAAAAUAUCCACCUCUUCCAAUUAUAAUGCGUUUGUGUACAAAAGAUUAUGUAGUGCCGGGUACCGACAUCGAAAUAAAAAAAGGUGUAGGUGUGAUGAUUCCAGUGUUGGGUUUACAAACCGAUCCGGAGUAUUUCCCGGACCCCGACGUUUUCGAUCCGGAUCGAUUUUCAGAAGAGAAGAAAAAAGAAAGACCUGGUUUUACUUGGCUUCCUUUUGGGGAUGGACCCCGAAUUUGCAUUGGAAUGAGGUUUGGUAUGUUGCAAAGUAAAGUCGCUUUAACUACCUUCAUCAGGAAUUACCGUGUCAAGUUAAAUGAGAAGACCAAAAUUCCCUUAAAAAUAGACAAGGGCUCGUUCACUACAAGAGCAGAAGGAGGCGUUUGGCUAAAUCUUGAAAAACUUAAUUAAAUAUUUGUAUCAAUUUUAUACGUGAAUGUAGUAAUUAACCAGAAAUAAUUUAUUUUGAAUAAUUUAAGAAUACCUGUAUGCGAUUCUUUGUAAUUUUUUCUUAUAAUAUAAAUAAUAAUAACUUUAA